CCGCCGCCGCCCUCGUUCAGCCUCCUAUCCUCACCCGGCCUCCGCUUGUGCGGCCGCGUGGAGCUGGUCUGACGCGGAGCUGGUCUGCUGCGCUCCGACUCUGAGCAAAACCCCGGGGCCGCGGCGCCUCGCGGCACGAUCGGAGCGGAUCCCGUCGCCGUGGAGCCGCCCCUGAAUCUCCCCCCGCGUGUUGACUGUGGAGUGUUGGCUCAGGGAUUGCAGCCAUUUGAGAAUAUGGCAAGAAAGAGAAACCCAAUUGUCUUCAUGGAUGUAUCCAUUGGUGAUGAACCAGAUGGAAGAAUGAUUUUCGAGUUGUUUGCUGAUGUUGCUCCUCUGACAGCUGAGAACUUCAGAGCAUUAUGCACAGGUGAGAUGGGAAUUGGGCAAAAUGCUAAGAAGCCAUUAUGUUACAGGGGAUCAACCUUCCACCGUGUCAUCAAAGGGUUAAUGGCACAAGGUGGUGACUUCUCAAAAGGAAAUGGGUCUGGAGAAGAAAGUAUAUAUGGUGGAAAAUUUGCAGAUGAAAAUUCUGUCCGACGCCAUGAUGAUCGUGGUAUCUUGACAACGGCAGAUACUGGAUCCAGAACUAAUGGCUUCCAGUUCUGUAUUACUUUCAAGCCUAAUUCUCAUCUUGACAGGAAGCACACUGUUUUUGGCAAGCUUAUUCUUGGAAAUGAUGUGUUGAAGAGAAUUGAGCAAGUUGAUGUGCAUGGGACUGAUUCUACUCCUGUUGUUCCAGUAAGAAUAGUAGACUGCGGGGAGCUUGUUGAUGGGAAAGACCAUGGAUCUGUGACAACUGAACAUGAUAAAAAGAGACCUGCUAAAUCAAGGUUGUCGAAGGAUAUAUCUUCUGAUGAGGAAAGUAAUGAAGGACAACACAAGGGACACCAUAAAAAAUCUUCAAAGAAGAGAAGGAAGAAGAGGAGAUAUUCGUAUUCUGAAUCAGAUAGCUCAUCUGAGUCAGAGACUGAGCCAUCAGAUUCCGAGAGCGAUUCUGAUACUUACUCCAGUGACUCAUCUGAUCUCAGCAGCUCAAGUGAUGACAGACGAAGGCGCAGAAAGAGACGCUCGAAAAGAAAUAAACGCAAGCGGGCAAGAAGAAAGCGUGAACAUAGGCGUGAGAAAAGGCGUAGGAAGCGUGACAGGAAAUCAAAGCAGAAAUCAAAAAGGAUGGUAGAAAGUGAUAGUGAAACUGAAAGUGUGAGCGAUAGCAGCUCUGAGGAUGGUAGAAGCAAGCGACACCAUCGUGGGAGGAAGUCUAAGGCAUCAUCUCAUGUUUCUGCGGAAAAUCUGGGAGUAUUAACUGCAUUGAAGGAUGCCACUUCAACUCAACAAAAGAGUGGAAUACCAAGGUGUCCGGCACAAGAAGAUGACUCUCCGCUGCAAAAUGGGGAGGUCCGUACCAAUGGUGUUACUGAAUCAAAAACUGAAAGGAACACGGAUAUCAUGCCUUCUCUAACUGGCAAUCGAAGCAAAUCUAGGAGCCAGAGCAUGAGUGCUAACCACUCAAUGAGCAAGAGUACGAGUAUCAGUCCAAGGAGAAGCCCGAUCAACAGGUCAAUUUCCAACCCGAAGAGGACAGUAAGCAGGAGCCCUGUUCGCUAUAGUCACAGUAGAAGUCCUGUUUGUGCUCCCAAAAGAAGUGAAAGCCGGAGUCCAGACAGACAGAGGAGCCCCAGCAAGAGCCCACCUAGAAGCGCAAGCAGAAACCUGGUUACCCGCAUGAGCAGGAGUCCUGUUAAAGCUCGCACAAGAAGCAUUAGCAGGAGCUCAGCUAGGUCCUUGCAACGAAGAAGUCCAAGCAGGAGCCCGGAGAGAACCCAUGUGCGAAAAAGUGUCAGCCCAAGCUCACCAGUGGAGAAGAGAAGCAUCAGCCGUACCUCUCCAAGAUCUCCAUUGCGAAGUGUUAGCCGAAGCCCAGCUAGAUUUUCAAGGAGCCCACCUAGGCCUUCAAGGAGAAGUCCAGUCAGAAGUCCUCGAAGGAAUAUACUUAGAAGUCUCAGCAGGAGCCCUGUGAGGAUACCUAGAAGAAGUUUGAGCAGAAGCCCUGUAAGAGGUGGUCGACCUCGCAGGAACAUCAGCAGAAGUCCCAGCCCACCACCUCGCAGGGCAAUAUCUCCACCGCCCAACAAUGGCAGGAGCCCAUCCAGGAGUGGCUCUCCUGAUGGGUCUCCAAAACGCAUAAGACGAGGCCGGGGUUUUACUCAGCGGUACUCAUUUGCAAGACAAUACCGCUCACCUUCUGCUGAUCGCUCAUAUCGCUAUGGUGGAAGGAGUGACCGUGACAGAUACAUGGGUUACCGAGGUUCACGUCAUAGAUCACCACCUAGACGGUAUAGAAGCCCACCCAGGGGCAGGCCAUCACCAAGGCCUAGUAGGUACAGGAGGAGGAGCCCAAGUGCCUCACGCAGCCCAGUCUUUAGAGACCGAGGAAGGGGAGGUGGAUACAGCAGAAGCCCUGUACGGAGUCGUUCGCCCCCUGCUGGGAAACCAAGGUCACAUGGUGAUCGUGCACGGUCAAUCUCCAGAAGCCGCAUGUCUGUAUCGAGAUCAAGGUCUCCACCGCCCGUGCAUGAUCGCUCCCCACCAGAUUCCCCAUCCCCAAAGCGCGCAAGUAAUGAGAAGUCUCGGUCCCUGUCUGCUAGUCCUGAUGGCAAGAAGGGUCUUGUUUCCUACGGAGAUGCCUCCCCCGAUUCUGCUGGGAAGUAGGGGGUACCUUUGGGCAUUGGCUGUUGAUCGAUCUGUUUAUGUUUCUAUUGCUACUGGUAGAGAAGCUGUUUUGACACUUGAGGAGCCUCUGGUGGUUUGUCGCUGUAGAAAUGCUACAUACGUUCUGGAUGGUUGCGGUUGUGGUAUGUUAUCUUUAGACCGUCAUAAUCUGAGGUUAGCAUAUGCUUUUGUGAACAUGUAGCACGGUUCCUGUGCAGCUAUAGCUAUGCAUGCGGAAUUUGGUGGUUGUCAAGUUUACUGGAUGCAUAAUUAUAUUUUAUUCUCGGAUAUUAUGAACAUAUACGCUAAAUUCCUUUUGUAUU